UGGAAAGGGGCUUUGUCAGCAAAAGCAACUGAAAGGAGAAAACAUUGAAAGAGAAGGUUAUUGCUUCAGACGGCUAAAGUUCAUGAUGCAGCUUUACGGAGCUCUGGUCCUGUUUCUAACUUUCUCUACUGCAUGUGGACUGAGAUGCUACUCAUGUACAGCAGCUGAUCCUGAGUCCUGCACAGACACCAAAGCUUGUUCUGUUUUAUUUAACCGAUGUUAUUCUGUCAAGCUAGGUUUGAAUGUGGUUAACAAGGGCUGCCUGGCCAGCCCAGCAUGCAUUGCACCUAUAACUUGCUGUGAAGGGGACUUGUGCAACGGUGCCGUACCAACUGGCCCCAGUGUUGUGCUGCUGCUGCUGUCUUCAGGCCUUGUUACACUCUUUUUUUAAAGCUUUGAAAUUGUGGUUCUGGUGUGCUUUAAGAGCUGCAUCCAAAUUCAGGGGGUGCUUCUUCUAAGGACCCGGUCCACAUAGACUCCCUGAAUUGAGUGGUCAAAGAUGCAGUGACUCUCUUAAGGUCUCUUAAGGUGACAACAAACAUGCUGUCAAGAAAACAUUUUUACUCUUAAUGUAAAACAUAUUUGAUCGGACAGAUAUAAGGAGCUUUAAUAAUAAUUAAAUCUAAAAAAUUGCUUACUUGUUUAUUUGAAGGAUUACUUAUUAUACACUUUUGUUUUCCAUGAUCUAGUCCUAUUUUAUGUGAUCUCUCGACACACUUUACAUAUUCACAGAUCAACCAGCAAGCUAUUCUUAUAUUAAAAAUAAAUUAUGCAAAAAACCAGGCUGUUUUAGCAGCCAUGCAAAUCUAUUAAAUUUUUACCUCUUAGUAUACUGAUCUGCUUAAGUCAUAUGUUGUUUUUGUGAUCAUUUUAAUGAUUCUUGUUUUUCCAUCCUUUUAAAUAUUUUAUUUUGGUUAAGAUUCUCUUUUGAGUUUCACUUGAAUGUAUUUUUUUUUUUUCUGUAAACCGUGUAUCCUGUUUUAUUUUUUGACUGUUGCUUUCUUUUUGGGGACGAUUUCAUGCAGUACAUCUGGUUCUUCAUCAGCUGCACUGAAAUAUUCUCUUGUACAAAGUGAGGUUAAACAGAACUGAAAAAUUUCAUGCAUACAAGAUUCUCUCAAUAGAGCAAAAUCCAUUUAUUUAAAAGUUCUAUAUAAACCUUUUCAUAUUUUGUCUCGUUGCAACCUCAAACUUAAAUGAAAUUUUAUUGAGACUGUAUUUGUAGACCAACACAAAGUACUGCAUAUUUGUGCAGUUAAAAAUGAUACAUUCAGAUUUUUCUUUUACAUAUACAAGCCUGAAAAGCAUUUAUAUCUUGCUCCCUUUGCUCUGAUACCCCUAAAUAACAUUCUGUGCAACCAAAUACCUUUAGAAGUCACCUAAUUAGUUACAUAGUCCAUCUGUAAUCUGAUCUCAGUACAAAUACAGCUAUUCUGUGUAGGCCACAGGUUUAUUAGAUGAUAUUAGUGAACAAAAACCAUCACGAAGACCAAGAAACACAGCAGACAGGUCAGGGACAACAUUCUAGAAGUUUUGGAAGAAGGUGCUCUGGUCAGAUGAGACCAAAAUCGAACCAUUUGGUCUUAACAAAUGAAAUGUUAUUUGUUGAGCUGAGCUUCUGGCUGAGUGUAGGUCUGGGUGUGUCUCCCACCCUGGUGGCAGCAGCCUGUUUUCUCCAGGUGGAGAUGAUUAAAUGAAUUGUUUGGCGGUACUCUCUAACACAUGAGCUGCUGACUGUGUGAGAGAGGUGCUGGAAAAUGGACACUGCAGUACUGAGAAAGCUUGUUUCAAGGAAAAGAAGGAGCCGGUGAGCUGCAGACUGUACUUGAAUAUAUGUAGAAACUGAUAUUUAAUGCUUUAAAUAUAUUUGUUUGAUUUUUUGGUGUUUAAUUUGGGAUGUUAUACUUAGUUCAAGAAUAAUUUAUAAUCAAUUAAAGGGCUAAUUAUUUUGAUCAUAGUUAAAUUUUGAUUAACCCUUUUGUGUUUUCUUUGUGUUUAAGGUUUUUCACCUAUUGUGACCACCUGUGAACUUUAAAAAUAAAGGAAAGAAAGAAAA